AUGGCCAAGCUAUCAUUUCAUGCUCAUUCCUUACCAGAUUUUCACUCGUACAAUCAUUCCCUCUCUGCAAAACCCACUAGUUAUUCAUUUAGGAGGGCAAAGCUGCAAAGGGCGAAGCUUACCAUCAGGGCUCUGAACAAUACAUUGGAGCGGGUCUCUUCACCUGUCAUGACAUUGUAUGAUGUGUUGUCUGUGUCUCAGAGCGUGGAAUUGAGUGAAUUGAAGAAAGCUUAUAGAGAGAAGGUUAGGGUUUACCAUCCAGAUGUAUGCGCACCUGGUGAAAGAGAGGAAUCCAGCAAGAUAUUUAUUCAGGUACAGGAAGCCUAUGAGACUCUGUCAGAUCCCAUGCUCAGGGCUGACUAUGAUUUUAACUUGGGUUUUAAUCCUCAAAUAAUGUUGUUGAACAGGAGGAAUGUGAGUGUGAAGGAUGGUGCCAAGCAGAUAUGGGCAGAACAACUUGAAAGGAUUAAUAGAGGCAUGGGCAUGGAGAGGAAUAGUUGGGGAGGAAGAAUGCGUCGCUUCAGAAGAUGA